UGUAUCAAUUGAUAGUAAUGUUUUCGAUGAUGCAACGACUAAAGAUAAAAAGACAGUAAGAUUUAUAACCUGUGGCCCAGUAGUAUCCGAGCAUUUUAUCAAGAAUCGUGAAGAUGUUUAAGUUAUUUACUUUGUUAGUGCUCUCGACAUUCACGACCGCUUUGCAUCUAGUAUCUCUGGAUGAAGAAGCAAGCAGCAGAACGAUAGGUGGCACGAUAGCAUCAGCAAGUGCUCCCUGGCAAGUCAGUAUCCACUAUCAGAGCCAGCUCCAAUGCGGCGGCAGCAUAAUUUCAAAGGACUGGGUGAUCACUGCAGCCCACUGCAUCUCUCCGACAUCUCCAGUAUCUUCCUAUCUAAUUCGCGCUGGAAGCCGCAGUCACAGUUCUGGAGGAUCGAUCCACACUGUUGACAGAAUAGUGACGCACGAGUUCUUCACCACCAAUAAAUACGGAUUCCACAAUAAUGACAUCGCUCUGAUCCACGUUGCUGAGCAGAUAGUGCUGGACACAUCCAGGCAGGUCAUUUCUCUUUUCAACACCGAUGAAAUUGUUUCAAGCUCUGUCAGGGCCCAAGUCACUGGUUGGGGAGAUAUUGUCCUCGCCACUGACGUUCUGCAGAGCAUCAGCACUUACAUAAUCACAAAAGCGACUUGCAACACAACUUAUUCAAAGUACGGGGGAAUUUAUGAUAAUCAAAGCUGUUUCGGAGAAUCUUCCGGCAGUCCAGCGGCCUGCAGAACUGACGCCGGUGGUGCUGUUGUACUUUCAAAACGACUUGCCGGAGUUAUUUCCUGGUCUGAAGGAUGUGGACGACUAAGUUUCCCCAGUGUUUUCACUGAAGUUAGUCAUUAUAGACUUUGGAUUAAGCGUUAUGCUGGUGUAUGAUUUUUUAUAUUUAUUUUAUGAUGAUGAGAUUCAUUUUUUGUCUUAUAAUUGUUCUAAAGUCCAUUUUUUAUUCAGUUAAUUAUAAUGAAUAAAUAAGUAAGUUCACUUUUUA